AAAUAAUUUGAGCAGCAGCCAUGUCUCGUAUCCCCAACACGAGCAGCAUGGUCAGCCUCAAGGUGGAUAAUAUCUCCUACCGGACCAGCACGGAGGACCUAAAACCACUGUUUGAGAAGUACGGUGAUAUCGGGGAUAUCUACAUUCCCAGAGACAGGUACACCAAAGAAAGCCGAGGGUUUGCGUUUGUGAGGUACUACGGUAAACGAGACGCCGAGGAAGCUAUGGACAGAUUGGACGGGUACAGUUUGGAUGGUAGGGACAUUAGAGUGUCCCGAGCAAUGCACCCCCGCCCAGUAAACCGUUACAACGACAGAGGCAAUGGUGGUGGCCGCAGUUAUGGACGAAGGGGGAGAAGAUCCAGGUCCCGCUCACGAUCCCGUUCUCGAUCCCCUCGACGCAGCAGCAGGAGGUCCCGAUCACGCAGCAAGUCACGUGACAACAAACGCAGGUCCAGGUCUCGCUCCAGAUCUAGGGAUGGUCCCUCCAGGUCCUCCAAGCACUCCAGGUCUAGGUCCAGAUCCAAGUCCAGAUCCAAGUCAAGAUCUCGAUCUCGUUCCCGUAAAGAUUCCCGCUCCAAGUCUAGAUCCAAGUCCAAGUCCAAGGACCGAUCUAAGUCCAAGUCCCGAUCCAAGUCCAGGUCCAAGUCCAAAUCCCGCUCAAAGUCGAGGUCCAAGUCAAAGUCAAAGUCUAGAUCCAAAUCUAGAUCAAAGUCCAGAUCGAGGUCAAAUUAAAAGGAAUGCAGCGAUUCUAGACCGAUCUGAUACAAGGGGUCACAAUCAGCUCAAGUCUUCAGUACGUCCCGCUCAAAUUAUCAUAUCUGUGUGGCCCGUUUAAUAUAAUUUAAAUAAUAUUUACAUUCCAGCUUUUUAGAUCUUAUUUCUUGUAGAGUGUACUCGUUAACAAAAUAAACCCUUUUUUCUGAUAUCUAACGAAGUGCAAUUUUAAUAGAUAUGAUAUUUAUUCUAUGAAAAAUGUAUUGGCUACUUUGGCUUCGAAUGUUAACAGUUGAAACUUUUAGUUAUAAUAUGACUCUGCGCACCUUGGGACCAAUUUCAAGUCGCACUACCAAGGCAGUUAGCAGUAUUUAUAGUAGCCACUGCACGAAUUGCUGUGUAUGUUUCACUUUCAAAACUUUUAAUCAUAAUGUCCCUGUAAUGCCAUGAUUAUUUUACAAUACCA